CCACCCCUUCCAGACGCCAGAUCAAGUUUCAGUGCCCCUCGCUUUUCUAUAUAAAGCCAGCUCUGGAGACAGGCGUGGGAAGUUAAGGGUGCGCUUGUAAACGGUUCUUCGGUAAACUCGCUACGUUCCUGCUACCUGUACGUUUCUGCGACGCAGCUUUAUUGUUCUCCCGGGACGUUCGCGUGUUUGGAGGGAUCUGAUUGCCCGAAAAAGGUGUUCCAGGACACCGCGGUGCGAGACGAUAACAGGGUGCCCUGGCAGUUUGUUACUCUGCAACAAAAUAAUGGCAACUGUACCUUCAGCUGGCUGUCUUUUAGCCAAGAACCAAUACUACAGAACACGAUUGAAUUCUGAUUGCAGUGUUUCUUCAAGCAGUUCAUCUUGCUGUUCUGAUCCCACGUCAUUCUCGGACCAGGAAAAAAAUCACCACGGCCUACCUGAAAUGUUUGAAAAGUGCUGGUGGAUAAAAAGCUUUUUUCACAGUGAGCCAACACCUCCAAAUGUAGGCAGAAAAACCUUAUCAGCCAGCAGUACUAACAGCUGAUUGGGAUAUCAAGUUGAAAGUUCCUGCUGGGACAUUAUAGACAGUCAUGUCUUGAAAUGAAUUCACUUCUGUGAAGAAAAUGAACUGCUUGAGAAUUUAGUUGUCGAUGAAAUACAGAUGAUCAAGGAUUUAAUCAGAACUUAUUCAUCAAGCAACCAUCUUUACAGUGUCUGCUGCAAGAAUUCUUGAUAAUGAACAGGUGUUCUACAUUUCAUAAUUUUUGUGCUUCACAAGAGAAAAUGCAAAUGCAACAUCUAGUGGGAUAUGGUAUAACUGAUUACUUGGGAUAUAUUUUACUAAAUUGAAAUUCUGUAGAUUGCUUGGGUCAAAAUCUUUUAAGGUUAUCAUGCCUUUUAUACAAUUGUGCCUUUUUAUGUAGCAAAAUAGACCACCCCUUUCCACAGAAUUUAAGUUCGGAAUGUUAACUAUCAUAAACUUCUACUUCAUGAAUGAUUUACUUAAAUGCCAAAUUUCUCUUACUUGUCAACUUGUUAAGGAAUUAUUUAUGGUCCUCAUUAAAAAACAAAAUAAAAAUGGAACAUAGUUAAACUCCUUAUCUGAUUCUAAUUCUACUAUUUGCAUUGCAGCUUUCUUUCAUAGUUGUGUUACUGUUGUAUAUUACUGCUUUGACAUAAAAUAGUGUACAAUUUAUAUCAACUCUUCAAAUUAGAGAUAAUUUAAGAACUCUGGUUUGAUUUUUUUUGAUUUUUGAUGUAUACCAUUCUGUUUCAAAGCAUAGAAAAAAAUGAUAGAUCCAUAUUCUGCUUUGUAGGAGCUGUAAGUUUUAUUUACUUACACUAAGGAAUAUAUAUUUGUAUCACAUGAGGAAAUCUGUGAGUGCUGAAUAUUCUAAAUUGAAUUAUUUAAUAUAUUGAUGAUAUUUAUAAUGUUCCUUUGUCAUCCUUUUAUUCUUCUGAUUUCUGAUACACAAAGUUCUGUAGCAUGAAUGAAUAGUAACAUCAAGUUUUAACAAUUUUGCUUUGUCAAAUAAUUACCUGGAUGCAUUAUUGCUGAUUGCAUACCUGGAUGCAUAAUGCUUUAAAACACAUACACACAAACAUACAAUAUCCCCCUAGUGGACAGGUAUUAAUAUAGCACAAUAAAAUAUAAACAUGCAGUAAGUCUGUCCUUAAAGUCUGCUUCCAUUUGGGUAGUAUCUUUUUGCUGUCUGUUCAACUUUGUAUAUAGAAGCCUAUUUAUAAUAUUGGCCAAGCGAUGUGUUAAUGUAUAUAAUUUGUUUUUUUAUGAAAUUUUGUAUUAAUAAAAAUUGAUAAAGAUGC